GUAGAAUGUGAACGUGCCUUUUCCGCUUUGACAGCGAUAAUGACUUAGUUUCCCUUCUACCGAUGCGGCUGAAUGUUUAGUGUGGAAACACAAGACCCAAGCUACUGUUUUCACUCAUGGUUCAGCUGAUAAUUUUUCAGGCAAUGUGAUACAUUGCAACAUUGGACAGCUGUUUUAUUUCGCCAUCUCUUUCGCUGCUCUGUAUUGAAGCAAUUUCCCGCUUGAUACAUUGGUCAGUUUCCGUAAACGUUAAGGGACAUGUACCGUUAUUUGCUGGCUUUUUAAACGAGAUGUUUUUUGUUGGUCAUCGCCUCACAAGAUGCCUCGGAAAUUGGUUUGUCGGUGGCAAAUCUUAUUGGCCUUUACCAAGCACUAUGCUGCCAUGGCAACAGUAAUUAAACUGAUAAGAGGGUGAAAUGUCAGCAUCCCGGACUCGCGCAGCUGUGAUGUGGGAAGGAGAAAUAAAAUUGGUAGCGAACUCGGUGUUUUGCUUUCGUCGCCAACAAGCAAUGUAAGGUAGAUGUGAUGAGGUACGUGCAAUCAUGUUUUCCAGUCCUUUGAAUCGAGAGAGGAAGUCGAAUGAGCGUGUAAAGAAAGAAUACAUAUCCCCGUUUCCAGAAGCAUUCCCCCCUUACUAUCAUAACGUUACUGUUUAGAAGAGUGGAAAUGUGGAAGCGAAGGCAUUCUUAACGAGGUUACUACGGAGCUGAGAGAACGAAUCGUGCAUCCGUAAUUUGAAACCGAACAAGCUGUUUGUUGGUUGGCACAAUCAGUCUAAAUCUGAUUGCAAACCAUGGAGAAACUGUUACUUCUGAAGGAUGGUAAUGAGAGACUGACUUUGUUGUGUUAACCAGCCGAGUUGGGACAGCGCGGAUGAGUGGCACAGAACAAGGACGUUCAGCGCAGGCAAUCAGCCGUGCACCCCCCUUACACUCCAAUCCAGCCAAUUAAAAGCUCAACAGUUGAAACCCAACUGCUGAAAACAGUUUCCUCAUUACCACAAACACUGUGGCCAUACAAUUUGAUACCUUUACAUGUGUUUUAAUACACCAUUAAGCUAUUUUGAAGGCGACCCAUUCAGAACCAAGACAAUAGUCAAAUCAAAAAAGUUCUCAUUGGGUCUUUUGAAAAGUAAUGAGUUUCUGCAACCACAGUCCUAUCUUGAAUGUAUUUUCGAUCUCCAGCGUUGAAGAUUACAAGGAAGCUUUGUUAUGUCUUAUUAUGUCUGUUAUGAUGACCUUUCAGCCACUGGCCCAUGAACUGUUAUGCAUGUUUUGCAAGAGAAAGCCACAUACCACCUUUAUGCUUGGAUUUGUUUUUAGUUUUUUUUCAGAAUAUGCCAUAUAAUAAUAAAAAGUAUAUCAGUUAUUAAUCUACCAUAUUAAUUCUAACAUCGCUGUCUAAGGCUGUGAAACAUAAGUUAGUAUUAUAUUCUAUAUUACUUUACCACAACAGAUUCGAAAAAAGAAAUUUAACAGAUUGCCUGGUUCUAAACGAAGCACACUCUUUUCAAAGAGUGAUGCUCUGAUACACCACAGAGACACCAUCAGGCUAUACAGAGACACAGAGGAACUACUUGCGCAUGAAAUUUCAGGGGGAAAUUAAGUGAAUUUGGAUGACACUCCUAACCUUGGAACAACAGAUGCACUGUGUCUAACAAGCACUCUCACUAUGUGAUGCUUCCCAAAUUAACGAACAGCGCACUGCCUCGCUUUGCUGGCCCAGCACUGCAGAAUCAGGAGUAUGCAUGAUGGGGGGAACUUUUUUUCUGUCAGGACAAAAGAGGAGCUGAAGCUGAGCUGUGGGGGAGAGGGGUGGCUCCUCUCCGCUCUGUAUGGAGGUAGAAUACUAAUUACUGGCCGGCUGCGUGAGCUCACAUUGUUCCCCCUGUUGCCUAACAAAACCCUUUCAUGGCCUGUGUUGAGCGUCACAAUUGGUUGCCCGCCUUAAGAAAGCUUCUCACAGUCUCUCCCUGAAAGAGCGUGCAGUGUCUGAAAGGAGGAAGAUGAAAGAGAAAGUUACAGUUAGACAGAACACCGCUCACUGCUAAACGUGUUUUAAACCCACGCAACAUUUGUGAGGACACGAGUGUCCUCAGUUUGUAAAGUAUACAAAUGCUCUCCGUCCAGCCGGACACCAAGCCAAAAGGCUGCGCCGGCUGCAGCCGGAAGAUCAAGGACCGCUACCUGCUGAAGGCCCUGGACAAGUACUGGCAUGAGGACUGCCUGAAAUGCGCCUGCUGCGAUUGCCGGCUUGGUGAGGUGGGCUCCACGCUUUACACCAAAGCCAACCUCAUCCUCUGCCGGCGCGACUACCUCCGGUUGUUUGGUGUGACGGGGAACUGCGCGGCCUGCAGCAAGCUCAUCCCGGCGUUCGAGAUGGUGAUGAGGGCUAAGGAGAAUGUCUACCACCUGGACUGCUUCGCCUGCCAGCUUUGUAAUCAGAGGUUUUGUGUGGGAGAUAAGUUCUUCCUGAAGAACAACAUGAUCCUGUGCCAGACCGACUACGAGGAGGGGCUGAUGAAGGAAGGCUACGCGCCCCAAGUCCGCUGACGUCUCCCAAGAUGGUUGGGGGGCUGAGUCUGAAGUGAA